UUGGCAAUGAUAUCUUGAGUCUCUGGGUGACAAGUUCAAUAAACUACAAACAAAAAAUCAGUGGAACAUCCUCUGAACAAAUAAGAUUCACAAUAUGUUGCAUACCGAAUACAAGUUUCUUAAUAGGAGUCAGUGUUGUGAAGAUAUCACCAGAUAUACAGGAGAAGUCAUAGAAAAGAAUGGCUAUCAUUGGAAGAUGUUCGAACUAUGUACAGAAGACGGAUAUUAUGUAACUCUAUUCAGGAUACGAACGAAAAAUGUUAAAAAUCCGAUAAAAGCACUACCUGUUUUGAUAGUUCAUGGUUUUACAGCUAGUGUAGCUGAAUCAGUUAUGGAAAAACACCAACUGGGUUAUUAUUUGGCUGAUUUUGGAUUAGAUGUUUGGAUUGCGAACUGUAGAGGAACCACAUAUUCGAGGGGACACAAAACAUAUAAAGAGAAUUCCGAGAAAUACUGGGAUUAUAGUUUCCAUGAAAUCGGUAUUUAUGAUGUUCCAAUAUUUAUUGAUUUCAUAUUGGAACAAACUCAACAAAAAAAACUGUAUUAUAUUGGGGUCUCACAAGGAUGUAUAGCACUAUCGAUACUAUUAUCUACAAGACUAGAAUACAAUGACAAAAUAGAAGUCGCAUGUUUCCUAUGUCCAGCAAUGAAGUACAAAGACACUAAAUUGUCACUGAUGAAGGUUUUUUUUUACUGUGUCCCACCAGCCUUGCAGUGGUUCGCUGACAACUUACAUAUACCUCUACAAGGAGACAUAUUAUGUUAUUUGACGAGAGUAAUUGGACUUGAAGCUUCUAAAUAUAGUAUUGGGCGUUCUAUAUUCAGUUUACUAUGGAGUUAUAUUGGGGGUUAUCAAAUCGGAGAAUCCAGUAAAGACUUGAAACCUGAACUGUUGUGUCGAACCUCACCAAAUACUGUUUCCCUGAAGCAAUUAGUGCAUUUUUCACAGAUAGUCAGAGGUUGCAGAUUCACAAUGUAUGAUUAUGGUCCUGAACAGAAUAUGAAAUUAUAUAAGAAGAAGGUACCACCCUCCUAUGACAUAUCAAAGGUUUCUGUUCCUAUUGGUCUAUUUUAUUCCAAGAAUGAUACAUGUUAUGGAGUGAAGGAUAUGGACGAUUUAUCUAAAGAAUUGGGCAACUGUGUUUAUAAAUUCAUUGUAGAAGAUGACAAGUUCAACCAUUUCGACUUCGUUUAUCAUACUAAUGUGAGAGACAUGCUGUACAAACACGUUUUAGAUUUCAUGAAAAAAUAUAUCCCUCAUCGAUUAUGAUGGAAAUAAUGAUUGGUUAGGCAAGGUGUGAUUACUUAAGCAAGCAAAUCUCUUAACACCAAUUUUUGUUUUAUAUUUUGAAUAUAAAUUAUUUUUUCACAACUAA